UUCAGUUUGCAGUUCUCCAUUGUGUCCUGUAGAGGGGGCGUCAUCUUUCAUCUUUCACUGCUGCUCUUCAAGACCGUCUGAUCUUCACUCGCCUUCUCGUGUUAUAAGCGUCUUAAAGCUCCCGGAUGACGCCGAGCCGAUCGUUUAAUUUAAUAGCGUAAUAUCCAAACAAACUAACCGGCCUUCGACGAGUUUCGACGGAGCACCGUGAUGAAUUUCUCCCUCCGUCAUACAGGCGGGCGGACCGAAGCUCCGCUGGAGCACCAUUAAUGUAUGUGUGUAAAAAAAUAUAUAUAUGUGGAUCCAACCGAACCCGGAGCGGAUCAUGAACACGCCGCUGUGUCGCGUGCCGUGCUGAAGUGGCGGGCUGAAAACGGCGCGAGUCUCGCGCUGCUGCUGCGGCUAGCCUUACAGGCCUAAAAAAACGCUGACUCCAGUCUGAUUUCUACAGUCUUCAACAGCCGUGUGAGCUUUAAUAAGAUUCUCCAGCGGGGAGAGCAGAGGAUGGCCGGCCGCCUGAGCGCUGAGGAGGAGCAGGCCACGAAGCAGUUUUUGGAGGAAAUCAACAAAUGGACGUCCCAACAUGGUGUCUCGCCGUUGUCCUGGGACGUGGCCGUGAAGUUUCUGAUGGCCCGCAAGUUUGAUGUUCUGCGAGCAAUUGAGCUUUUUCACAGCUACAGAGAGACCCGUCUUAGGGAGGGCAUCGUCAAACUGCAGCCUCACGAGGAGCCGUUACGCUCGGAGCUGCUGAGUGGGAAGUUCACUGUGUUGGGUGUCCGGGACCCUUCUGGUGCAUCCAUCGCCCUCUACACGGCCAAACUGCACCAUCCCAGCAAAACGGGAAACCAUGUGGUUCUUCAGGCCCUGUUCUACCUACUGGACCGAGCUGUGGAGAGUUUUGAGACUCAGAGAAAUGGACUGGUUUUCAUUUAUGACAUGGCUGGAUCCAACUACACUAACUUUGAACUGGACCUCAGCAAAAAGAUCCUCAAUUUGCUGAAGGGUGCGUUCCCAGCACGGCUGAAGAAAGUGCUCAUUGUUGGAGCUCCUGUGUGGUUCAGGGUCCCGUAUAACCUUUUAAGUCUGUUACUGAAGGAGAAGCUCAGAGAACGGGUUCAGAUGGUGAAGAUGGCCGACCUGCGAGAACAUCUGCCCAGGGACUGUUUACCUGAGCACCUGGGCGGCUGUUUGCCUCUGGACGUGCACAGCUGGAACAUGCAGCUGCUGUCCGAGCAGAACGGGCGCGUGGACCCCGUGGAUGAGCUGGUGGGGAUCCCGCUGGAGAACACGUCCAUACACAUCCCUGGACCUGAGGUCAUGAGUCUGGCCGAGCUCAUGGCCCACCUGAACCGGACCCAGCGCAGCGGGAUCUACCUGGAGUACGAGGAGCUUCGCAGAGAGCAGCCACCUGGAACCUUCGCCUGUGCGCUAGCUGCUCACAACCAGGAGAGGAAUCGCUAUGGUGAUGUGCUGUGUCUGGAUCAGACUCGUGUGCGACUCAAACCAAGGAGAAAUGAGAGAUCAGACUACAUAAAUGCCAGCUUCAUGGAUGGAUACAAACAGAAACAUGCAUAUAUUGGGACCCAGGGUCCAUUGGAAAAAACCUACGGUGAUUUCUGGAGAAUGGUUUGGGAGCAAAGUGUGCUUGUCAUAGUCAUGACAACAAGGACGGAUGAGGGGGGCCGGAGGAAGUGUGGACAGUACUGGCCCAAGGAAGAGGGCGGUCAGGAGGUGUACGGGCACAUCGCUGUGGUCAAUCACAGAGUGGACAAACAUGCACAUUACAACCAAACCACACUUGAGCUGCACAACACUGAGACAUUCGAACAGAGACAGGUGACUCAUUUUCAGUUCCUUAGCUGGCCUGAUUACGGGGUCCCAUCCUCCGCACUGUCUCUGAUUGACUUCCUGGGUGCUGUGAAACACCAGCAGCAGUGGGCGGUCCAGGCUUUCGGCUCACAGUGGAGGGGUCAUCCGCUUGGCCCGCCAAUGGUGGUCCACUGCAGCGCUGGCAUCGGCCGGACCGGUACUUUUUGUGCGCUGGAUAUCUGCCUGUCCCAGCUGCAGGACGUCGGGACUCUUAACGUUUGCCAGACUGUUCGACGCAUGAGAGCGCAGCGUGCCUUCAGCAUCCAAACACCGGAGCAGUACUAUUUCUGCCACACCGCCAUCCUCGAGCAUGCCCAGAGACAGGGCUUACUUUCAGCCAAUCACUGAGCAGCAGGGCUCACUCCUAGCCAAUCAGAGAUCGAAAAGGUCUAAUCUCAACCAAUCAGUAAGAGGCAAGGCCUCCUCGCAUCCAAUCAUAAGAAAGUACUAAAUCCUGAUUAAUCGGCAACUCUUAAACUGGAUAAUUCCCAAUUAAAAUCACUGGGUUUUUAAUUAAUCUGUCAUUAUCAAAAGACAAGCAGCUUAAAUAGUAACCAUAACUGACUCCGUAUGAAGAGGGUGUCUAAAUGUUCAGUGAUCCAGCUAUAGUGUAGUAUGUAAUGUUGUGCUGCAUUUUGUGCAGUUUAUUCUGUGAAUUUUAUCCAAAUUGGCGAAAUUCAUGUAUUUCACAUAAAGCUUCAAAUCAGCCGCGCUCAAAUGUGAUCCAGGACAAACGAACGCGCCAUCAGUCAUUUGUCAUCCUGAAGGUCUUUUAUUUAAUUACACAUGUCAGACCAACUGUCCGUCCUCAUGUUUAUGAGGGGUUUAAUUUGCCCAUAAACAAAGUCUUUAUUUACUCACACUCGUGUCGUUUCAAAUCCAUUUGAAUUGUUUUUCUGUGUAACAGCUGAAUGUUAUUCUGCACCUUUUGUGUUUCACAAAAGAAAGGAAGUCACACAGGUUUGAAAUGACGUAACAGUGAUUUUUUUUUUUAUUUUACUUUAUUUUGGGAUGCAGUCAUUGCACACUAGAGAUUUUUAUAUAUUUGCUGGAAUUGAAUGCCGACUUAUUAUCUCAAUUCUGCCUGUACUUUGAAUGUCUAUGUGGUUGUAGGCCAUUUUUUCAAUUUCUUCUGAAGAUGAUGAUGGUUUAGACGGCCAGGAAUAGUGAAAAGUCUCUUCCACAUCAACUGGGUGGAUCGGUAAACCUCUAUAACGCAACAAUUAUUCAACUGAUAUAGCCUUUAUUUAGUCUGGUGUAAAUAAGAGAUGGCUAAAUUGAGUCAUUUACACUUGUAAUAAUUAUGUCUGUUAAUAUUGUACUAAUAACCUGUUUAAAAAUAUCCAAACGCUCCUGUAAAGUGCAUUUAGAAUCUCUUUAUUUUGUUGUGGGUUGAAAGAGUCUUUGCUACUGAAUUCAUAUUGAAUUUCCUUGUAGUGAAGCAUCUGUACACACUCCCAAUGAUUCCAGGAUCUGCAGUCCUGCCUUGAUGGGCACACAAUGUGACCAGUUGUAUUUUUCUAUUAUACUCACACUUCAUGUCUUUACUUAUUACUCCCAAAUAUAUAUACGUAAAUUAUAUUUUCUUUUAUAUCCAAUUGUAUCUUUUAUUUCUACUGGUUUCUCAUGUCAAUGGAAAAUCUAACCUGCAAUGUCAUGCUUGUGAUUAUCUGAGUUUGCAGCAGUUCUGUAAAGUGCUUUGCUCUGCAGUUAAAGAUGUAUGUUCCUCAUGUACGUUUGGACUGAGUAAAAUGUUAUCUGAAUUGA